UAAAAAAAAUUAUGAAUAAUUAACUAUUUUAAUAACUUUAAUUUGGUUUAUCUGGUCUAGGUGGAAUGAAUAUGAAUCCUGGUAUGUCUCUAGAUGAUACAGCAGAGACUAUAUAAAUAUCUUCAUUAGCAUUACUGAAAAUGUUAAAGCAUACAAGAGCAGGAGUACCAUUAGAAGUUAUGGGUUUGAUGCUUGGAGAAUUUAUAGAUGAUUAUACAGUAAAAGUAGUUGAUGUAUUUGCAAUGCCAUAAUCAGCAACAGGAGAAUCAGUUGAAGCUGUAGAUCCUGUUUUUUAAUCAGAAAUGUUAGAAAUGUUAAAAUAAACUGAAAGAAAUGAAAUGGUGGUUGGUUGGUAUCAUUCCCAUCCUGGUUUUGGCCCUUGGUUAUCUAGUGUAGAUAUGAAUACUUAAACAAGUUUUGAAUAAUUACAUCCAAGAUCAGUAGCUGUUGUUAUAGAUCCAAUUUAGUCUGUAAGAGGUAAAGUUGUAAUGGAUGCUUUCAGAUUAAUAGAUUAGAAAACUUAAUUAUAAGGAAUUGAGCCAAGAUAAACAACCAGUAAUACAGGGCAUUUAUAACCAUAAUCAUUUAAUGCUAUUUAUCAUGGAUUAAAUAAGUAUUAUUACUCAAUUAAUAUUAGUUAUAGAAAAAAUGAUUUAGAAACAUAAAUGUUAUUAAAUUUAUAUAAAAAAAAUUGGAAUUAAUCAUUAAAAUAAGAUAAAUAUGAAGAAAAUCAAAACCUUAACGUAAAAUAACUAUCUUAGAUGAGUUAACAAGCAGGUAAUUAUAUAAAAUGGAUUGAAGAUGAGUAAUAAAAAACAAAAUUAUAACUUGCUAUAAGGAAUGUUGGUAAAAUAGACCCUAAAAAACACCUUUAAUAAAAUAUAGAUGAAGUUAUGAGUAUGAACAUCACAAAUGUUUUUGGAACUAAUAUGAAUUAAAAAACCUUUUGA